AUGUUGCCCCCGAACCAGGGCUAUCGAAAGGCUCGGGAAAUCCUCAAGGAUCUGUUCGGUCAGACGCAUGUCGUUGCACGAUCCCUGUUGAACGGUCUGUUGUCAGCCGUGAUGCCUAAUGCCGACGAUGCCGAGUCACUGACAAAAUUGGCGAUAAAAAUGCAGAGCUGCGAAAUUGCCCUAUCUCAGCUUGAAUACGAUGCGGAUCUUAACUCAGUAGUCACGUUAGAGAGGGUCGUUCGUAUGCUAUCUCGGCCGCUGCAACAUCGAUGGGCACGACUAGUAGACGAAACAUCUGAGACUUCAGGUGUGCCGAACUUCAAACAACUGAUGAGUUUCGUAGCAGCCGAAGCUCGAAUAGCCCGAAGUCGAUUUGGGCAGAUAGCUCUGUCAGCUACGGCGAAACCAUUAGUCCCGCCUCGUAACUCAGCGUACAGGAGUGAUCGACAAGUAAACUUUACUUGUUCGAAAUUUAUGAGUAGAAAAGAACAAACAUGUAUUGUAUGCAAGGAGGGACACAACGCAGAUAGCUGCUCAAAAUUCGCAGCGAUGGAAGUUAGCGACAGAUGGAAUUCGCUUCGAAGAAACGGUGGCUGUUUCGUAUGCCUGCAGGAAGGACAUCGUGCAGCGGAAUGUACCCUGGCCACGGUAUGUGGGAAGUUCGGGUGUAGUGCCAGGCACCACGAAUUACUACAUCGCGACAAACUGAGUGUAGCUUGCCCAGAAACGUAUCAGUGUGCAGCCAAUCGCACCACUGGUUACGACGUAGCACUCGGCAUUAUCCCAGUGAAAAUCAGUGGACCUAAAGGAACCGCGCUAACAUACGCACUCAUAGAUAAUGGUUCCGACGUAAGUCUGGUAGAAAAAGGUCUGGUGGAACAGGUUGGACUGUCUCAGGUGACUUCCUGUGUAACUAUCAGAACAGUGAGUGGACUCUCCAAGAUGGAAUCGGGGGUCGUGAAUCUUUGUGUGGUUUCCUCGGAUGAUUCAGCCAACGUUUCAGUGGAGCGCGCCCUUUGUGUCAACCGGCUGUUCUCCAAAUCCCCACGUAUGGACUUGCGGUCGGUCAAGGGUCGAUGGCCACACCUGAGCGAUGUUCCCGUGGAACGCACUGGAGAGGUUAAGGUAGGAGUACUGAUAGGUUCUGACGUACCAGAGGCUCACUGGGUUUUAGAGCAGAGGAUUGGAAACAGGAGCGAACCUUACGCAGUCAAAACUCGUUUGGGUUGGAUGAUCCUGGGACCUCUAGGUCCAUCCAACGACCGGGAGUCCACCGUGAACAACCUGAUAAAGGAACAAAACACCAUCUCAGAACAGCUUCGAAGGCUGUAUGAUGCGGACUUCUCAGACAAGGAAUCUACAAAGCAAGCACCAUCAUUGGAGGGCCAGAAGGCGCUAUCGAUUGCAGAACGAUCCCUGAAACUAGUUGAUGGGCAUUAUCAAUUAGCCCUUUCAUGGAAAACAAUCGCUGAAACUAUGCCCAACAACUAUGAAGUAGCUGCCCGGAGGCUUCACCUACUUGUUCGAAGGUUUCAGCGAGAUAGAGCUUUUUAUGAAAGGUAUGAAAUGGUCAUGCUAGGAAACAGAGACAAGUGGAUCUCUGACCCGGAAUUUUGGAGGCUUCCACGUGCACGAUGGCCGACUAUUUUGCCAAAUGCGGACAUGACAACAGAGAUUGAGUUCAAAAAACCGACGGUAGAUGUUAAUUUAAUAAGCCGAGAGCCAAAUCCGUUAUUUGUCAAGUUUCCCAUCUGGACGAAACCGUUGAAGUUUAUGGCCUGGCUAGUUCGGUUUAAAGAUUAUCUGCUGUACCGCAUGAGUACGAAGACUCGCAUUGAAGUAUCAGUAGGGCGAAUAACACUCGAUGAAAUUCGUAAGGCCGAACACGAUAUCGUGCGCGAAGUGCAGAGUAGUGAAUUUGCCGAUGACCUAAGUCGACUUAAGUCUAAUGCUUCCAAACCUUGGAAAUCCCGGCGUUCAGAAUCCGGACACUUGAAGACCUUAUGUCCUGUAAUAAUUGAUGAAAUUAUGUGUGUCGGCGGGCGGCUGGACUACUGUAAUCAUGAGCCGAGCUUUAAACAUCCUGCAAUCCUGCCGAAGGGACAUCCGGUAACGGAUUUAAUCAUUCGUCAUUACCAUGCAAUGGAAGGGCAUUGUGGUACAUCUCAAAAUCGCAGUGCCCAACAAAUGGCACCCUUGCCACCGAUGCGAGCUGAGGCUGGGUGGUAUCCGUUCCACGAAGUCGGUGUUGACUAUUUCGGCCCAUUCCCUGUUCGACGAGGACGGUCUACAGAGAAACGAUACGGAUGCCUCUUCUCCUGCCUACAGACGAGAGCAAUACAUAUAGAGGUUGCUCAUAGUCUCACUAGUGAUGGCAACCAGGGAUGCCUAUAUACGAAAAAAUGGCGACAAGUCAUACACCUGGCGGCCGUGUUUUGGCGCCGAUGGACUAAGGAAUAUGUUCCCCUUCUGCACAAAAGACAAAAGUGGAUAUCGAAGGAUCGGAACUUGAAGGUCGGUGAUUUGGUAAUGAUUGCAUCCGACAUUGAACCAAGAAAGCAAUGGCCCCCUGGGGAUCGCCGUAGAAUGUAA